CCCAAACAUCGUGAAAGCUGCUCGAAAAGUGACGUGCAUCGAGAUUGUCCUUCUGUUAUCAGUUGUGCUUAACGUGCAAAAGCAGCGUGCUGCCCCCCUCCACCAAAUCGUGAACGUGCAUAAUCAAAACCCUUAGUGGGGGUGAGGGAAAAAAAAGAGUGAAGGUGGUGUGAAAAUGCUCCCAGCGACACCCGCCGGUGUCAGGUCGUUCCGGUGGCAUUUGGGACGCAAGUUUCGCCGGAAGCGACGAUCCACAGCUGUCCAGCGCCAUUCGACGUAAACGCCACCCAGUCAUAUCAUAUCGGUUUCGUGCUUUGUUUUUUUUUCGUAGGGGAAGGUUCGUGUAGGGGGAGGGUGUGCAUUGUGAAGAGUUUAUUUUGUGUGAGAUCGUUCGUGAGCCAAGCAAAGUUGUAGUGAAAAAGGGGCCAAGCCGCCAGUUUUCCCCAUGAGGCACCCGAGUCGUGGCGCCACCAGCCAAAAACUGCUGAUUUUCGCAGUUUUGCUCGCGACAAGCAUCCGCCAAAUUUUACGGCCCGUUCAAGCUCGUACUUUGUUGCCGUCGCUGGGAAGCUUCAACGGUGACGACAACAACACCGGCUACAGCCGGUCACAGGACGAAACGUCGUCUGCGGAAGUGUUCAACGGAACCCAGCUCUUCCUGGAGGAGGAGGUCGUGGAGUUGACAAACUCAACGCUGGACCUGGAAGAAAGGGAAGAAGAACCGUCGUCCAGCUACGUUCUGGUCGUGGUACAAACGGCCAACCUGGAGCUGCUUCACCGGGAGCUGCUCAGCUUCGAGCAGUUGUUCUCCACGAGCAAGUUCCGGCGGAAGGUGCGCUUCCGACGGUGGAAAGAUAUGGCGACCUUCGAGCGCUGGCUAGCCGAUCCGGCCAUCGCGACGGUCCUGUACGCGGCGUCCACCCCCGGCGACGUCGAUGAGGACGGAUUCAAUACCUCGCAGGCGGCUGGCACUGACAGCGGCGGCGGCGGCUUCAUCGGGUUCUGUGACAGCCUGUCGACACAUCUGUCCGCCCGGUACGGCAAACCGGUGCUCUUCUGGCCCUGCCCCCGGAUGAAGCAAACGGACAAGUUUGUGCCGUCCUACGAGACGGUUUCGUUCGCCGUCAAAAGCAUCUCGCAGCAGUUCAACUGGACCGAGGCAACUUUGUUUGCGCCAGAUGCUAAUUGGGCGCUGCCGUUGGCACUGGCCAUCAGCAUGCCCAUUCCGACCCGGAUCGUGCUGGACGGCGAAGAGCUGGUGCGGAGUUCCGUGCCGGACAAGGCUGGCAGCGUGAUAAUCGUCUGCUCGUCCAUCAACUCACCCCACACAAUUGCCACCAUCCGGCGUCUCAGGACACUGCGCCGCACCAAGCUUCUCCUGCUGGACACCGCCGGCCAGACCACCAUCUUCGACGGCAGCAGCGGCCUCUACCGCAGUCUGGGUCGUCACGACGCCGCCGGUCGGCUCAACCUGCUGGUGCUGACGGCGCUAACCGAACGCUUCAAGCACGCCCUCAACGCGGUCCACGGCAUCGACCUAACCUCAAAUUACGAACGGCUCAGCGAGCGACUGCUGAAAAUUCGACUCGAUGACGACAGCGAGCUUGAAGAGGGACCUGCAAACGACAUCCGGCGGGGCUCAAGUGGACGGAACGUCCGUGUUCAGUGGCUUGCCGGUGUAAUUAAUUCGGCGAACCUGUCCUCGUCGAGCUGUGACUUCAAUUACCUGCAAACAAGCGCCAGCGAAGAGCUGGCAACACUGGCGCACGUGGACCACGACCGUUGUAGGACUCUUCUCGAAAGCUACUGCGGCGUUGAUGAGACCACUUACGGCAACUCUUCGUUCCAGUUCGAAAACGCUAGUGACAGUGAAGAAGUAGUGCGACAACAGCAGCAGGUCGACAUCAAUCGAUUAUGCACAUUAAUGCGUGAAAAUCGUGACCUUUUGGUGGAAAACUCCACCAACCCCUCGAAACGGCUCAUCUUCAGCGCAAACUUCCACCUGUACGAGUACAUCCUGGCGGUGGCCCGGAACGAGCCCCAUCUGCAGCAAAAGUUCGACUUUGUCGUGUUUGACCUGCAGAACGUAACGGCGGCCGUGUGGCGUCCGCUGUUGAUCGUGCGCCAGGAUCAGCUCGACUGGCAGCGCUUCACGAUGCACCCGGUGCAGCCGGGCUACGGGGACUGGAUGGUGGCAUCGGUGGCAACCAUCGAGUCGCUCUGGAUCUGCGGGCUGCUCUGUUGGGCCGUCAUCGGUGUGAUGGUGUUUAUGGUUGUGUCGAUCGUGUGUGCCAGCGUCGUGUUCAGCAUCGCCGUGAGAAACUAUCUGCUGAAAACCCGGCUCUCCAAGGGACCAAACAAGAUCGUUCUCUCGCCGUCGGAUUUCGUUUUUCCGGUUGACAUGAGAAGGGUUGACGAGGGUAUCGAGGCGAUGCUGUGCUGUUGGCUCCAGCAGCUGCAGGAGUUUGGCGGACCGGAAGUGGAAAAGCCGGACCUGCUGAAGGGUUCCAUCGGAUCGUUGAAAAAUCUGGGCCUUCCGGCGGCCAACACCACCAGCGCCGCCGCCACCACGAAAACAGGCUCGGGCAGCGGAACCCUGGGGCGGCCCUCGCUCGCCAACGCGGCUGGUACCGUGGGCGGCACGGGAGGAGGCCCCGGAAGUGGCAUCGGUGGCGGAUAUGGCGGUGGAUACGGUGGUGGAUACGGUGGCAUCGGAGGAGCACUGGAGUUCAAGGCACGGUACAACGGUGAUUUAGUGCAGCUGAAGGAAAUCCCGUCCAGCUCGUCGGGAUCGUCGUCGUCCCAGGAGCUCAAAAACCGGGCGAUGGAUCUGCUGGUGAUGGCGCACGGCUUACGGCACGAGAAUAUUAAUCCACUAAUAGGUUGGCUCAACGAACCCACCCGGACGGCCCUGGUGUUCGAGCACUGUUCCCGCGGCUCGCUGCAGGACGUGCUCAUUAUGGACGAAAUAAAACUGGACUGGACGUUUCGGCUGAGUCUACUGACCGACUUGGUUCGGGGGAUGCGCUACUUGCACGGGUCCCCAAUCCGGGUGCACGGGUCACUUUCGUCUCGGAACUGCGUGGUCGACGCCCGGUGGGUCCUCAAAAUCACCGACUACGGCAUUCCGGGCUUCUUCGAGGCCCAGGGUCUGGUUGCGCCGACGAAAAGUGCCAAGGACCUGCUCUGGACUGCGCCGGAAGCGUUGCGUGCCGCCAAGAGUUAUCCCCGGUGUGGAACCCAGGCCGCGGACGUGUACUCGUUUGGGAUCAUCAUGCAGGAGGUGGUCGUCCGCGGGGAACCGUUUUGCAUGCUGUCCCUCGCGCCGGAGGAAAUAAUCACCAAAAUCAAAAAGCCACCCCCGCUGAUUCGACCGUCGGUGUCCAAGGGAGCGGCCCCGCCGGAAGCCAUCAACAUCAUGCGCCAGUGCUGGGCCGAAAGUCCCGAGAUGAGGCCGGAUUUCGUAACAAUUUGCGAGCGGUUCAAGCAGCUGAACCACGGCCGAAAGGUAAACUUUGUCGACACCAUGUUCCAGAUGCUGGAAAAGUACUCCAACAACCUGGAGGAGCUGAUCCGCGAACGGACCGAGCAGCUCGACGUGGAGCGGAAAAAGACUGAACAGCUGCUGAACCGGAUGCUGCCGAGUUCCGUAGCGGACCGGCUCAAGCUGGGCCUGGCCGUCGAGCCGGAGGAGUUUGCCGAGGUGACGAUCUACUUCAGCGACAUCGUGGGCUUCACGACGAUCGCCGCCCACUGUACGCCCGUCCAGGUGGUGGACCUGCUGAACGAUCUGUACACGUGCUUCGACGCCACGAUCAACGCGUACAACGUGUACAAGGUAGAAACCAUCGGCGACGCGUACAUGGUCGUCGGUGGGCUGCCCGUCCGGACGCCCGAUCACGCCGAACAGAUUGCCACGAUGGCGCUGGAUCUGCUGCACCAGAGUGGGAACUUUAAGGUGCGCCACCUGCCGGGAGUUCCGCUGCAGCUGCGCAUCGGACUGCACACAGGUCCAUGCUGUGCGGGGGUCGUCGGGCUGACAAUGCCCCGGUACUGUUUGUUCGGUGACACCGUCAACACGGCGUCCCGCAUGGAGUCAACAGGUUCCUCGUGGCGCAUCCACAUGUCCCCGCAGACCUGCAAUCUGCUGGAGCAGGCCGGCGGCUACGUCAUCGAGCCACGUGGCCCCAUCGAGAUCAAGGGCAAGGGCAAAAUGCACACCUACUGGCUGCUCGGCAAGAAGGGCUUCGACAAGGUGCUGCCGACGCCCCCGCCAAUCGGGGAAUCACAUGGCCUGGACAUUGCCAUCCUCCGCAAGUCACUGUUCCAGUCGGAGCAGAACAACCAGCAGCAGCAGCAGCAGUACCAACACCCGAUCGUCUCCGUCGACAGCCACAACGGCGGUUCCACAACUGCCAACCACUCGUCCAGCCACUCACCGUCGGUCGCGGGCGAGUCGAUAGACGUGAAGGUCGAAAUCACCCCACCGAUGGCCAGCGACAAUCCCCCGUUGAUGGCUUCGAUAUCGAUCGACUCGGGCUCGUCCAACGCCAACUACACGCUCAACAUGGGAGACUUUGGGGCGAAGACUCCGCUGCCAAGUCCGCAGGCCCGCAAGUUGUCGGAGAUUGUGUCGGACACGACGUUCCUCAGCGCCAACUCCAGCUUCAACCGACUGAAUCCGUCCCCACCGGGAAGUUCCUCGACGCGGCUGUUCAAGAGGAUUGAGGAAAUGAUCGACUUGAGCUCGCCGUACAACUACUACAAGUGUCUGAGUCCAAGCGAGAGCAAUCUUUCGCAGUGUCACAUCGACGGGCGGUUCCACGGCUAUCAGGUCAACCGGAUGGACUGUUCGAGCAAACCCGGCUCGACCCGUUUCCUGCGGCGCCAGUUCAGUCUGGACAAGGACGACGUUGGACCGUCGAUGAGCAACAGCCAAAAGGCUACGCUGGACACGAUCUCGUCGAUCUCGAUCGAUCGCGACCAGCUGGCCCGCAUGGGAACACUGUCGUCGAUCCCGUCCAUAAGCUCCGCCAACUCGGUGUCGAUGUCGGCGUCCAAGCAGCAACGCACCAUCGGCAUCCACAAACAGCAAUCGGCCAGCGUGGCCCAAGAUCUGGAAAAGAUUGAGGAGAUCCCGCUGUCGCCGCAGUCCCAGUUCCUGGUGAACCACAACACCACCAACAGCAACAGCACCUCCAGCCUGCAGUCGGAUGUCAACGAGAAGGCACGGUCCGCCCAAAACGGCAAGGAACUGUGCCUCAGCAUCGAAGCACUCGGGCUGAGGUGAGCUCAGCUGGACGACGACGGUCACCUGCGGCGACGGACCAUGGCCACCAGCAGGUUCUGCUUCAGCCUCGAGCGAUGAUCCUCUAAACCGCGUCUAACAAACCUAACACACACUGUACACGCACUUCAGGGUAAUCACAAAUCAAAAUGAUCAAAAAACAUGAAAAAAACUCAAGUCUGAUUGUUAUUAUGAGUAUUCUCGCGCCGCAUCUUUAGGGCCAGUCGUAGACUCUAUCCGGAUGUUAUAUCAACUCGAAAAGGGGACAUUUAUAGCAAUGUACUUGCGGUACUGUUACUGUCGUUUCAAGGGUCUCGUGUCGCAUGGCGACUGACUGUUUAAAAUCUAUUAACCUGUACACGAAGCACUUGACCGGAUCACACACACGGCUGUAAAAGAGUAGUAAGUAUUGUUAAAAGUAAAGACUAGACUAAGAAGACGUUUUAGAAUACCACCAAUAAUUAAGCAUUUGUUAUAAAUGGACUGUAGAGAUAAUCAAUGUUAACGUGUAGAGAAAGAGAUGGGUUUCGUUGCAUUUUUUUUAAUUGAUGUGAAAUGUAUUCAUUUUAAACCGUUUGUAAAAAAAAACAGGUUUAAUGUUGCCUUUAAUUAAAAAAAAACAAUUAUU